UUCUGAUGAAAUCCUCCUCUUGCAAAACGAGACUAACCGACUCGUACCGUAGAAGGAAACACAACGACUCAAAUUGAGGGAACCUUAGUUAUUUUCACUAGCCUUUUAAGCUAGUUCUAUUUAUCCUUGCGAUCGUUUAAUAUCAGUCAUUUUAACGGACUACAUGACUUUUGCAUUUGUAGUCUUUUUGAAAGGUUGUAGAAGCCGAAUUUCAGUAUUCGUAUUUAUUGAUAAGCUAAGGCGAGCUUCACCGUGUGGGAAGGUUUUUCUGGUUAACCAUUUUUGUUCACCUUGAAGACAAAAUGGCAACGUUUGACCAGGAUUUCGAAGGAUGUAACUUAUUUCCUCUCUUCACAACACCCGUUUCUACGAAGCUUACUGCCCGUAAGAAGUCGAAUCACCAUUCUCAGCAAAAUGCCCCCGGUACCACUAUGAGCGCCGCGAGAGUCGCGGACAAUAUGGCCGAUGCUAUUCACUGGAUCUCAAGGAGAAACUGCCGGUAUGUUAGCCAUUCGGUUUAAGGAAUAUGGCUUACAGGUCUACUACACAAGUAACUAGGGACUAGUGCAUUGAACUGAACCGUUUUAGUAGCUGUGCAUUUGCAAGCUUGCAAGGGAACGGGACAAAAAAUCCGCGCUGUCCAAGCCUGUCAAAUUGCUGUCAAACAGCUGUCAAAUUAGCAUAGCAUUUAGCACCGAGUGCCUAUUUCCAUUGGGUAGUGAAUGUGUCACCUUUAGGAGAAGUUGUAUUACGCACAUCUCAAUAUUUAUUGCACAAUUUUGUGUUGGAUACAUAUGUAGUAUUUGAUAGUGUUCAAAAUGUUUAAGAACGCGAAUCACGAGGAACACUUCUUAGGAGCGAAGACGCCUCCUGUCUCUCCCACCGGUCUUGAUGUGGCCUCUCUCGGGCAAGACAGCCAGGGUAGCUCGUGGGUUAGCAUGUUCUCUGUGGUCUCUAGGCCCGCACUGUCAUUGCUUCAAAAGGUUUUACCCGGGCGCACUCGUACCCCUGCCCUUUCAGACUGUAUUUCAGGGUUUCCUAGUGGAAAGUUUAGGCAGAACCUAGUUGACGCUGAAAGUGUAUUUUUAGGACAGCUAGACAACAUUAUCCCCGCAACUCAGCAUUCAACUCACAUGGCUUACCUGCGUUGUCAGCACGAGUGUUCCGCAGGGCUACAAUCAGACUGUGCAUGCACAUUCAAUUGGUUAACUGCCGAUUCUUUGAGCGAGUGGGGGAUCGAAAAUGCUCCAGAAAAUAAUUUUAACAUUCAACCACAAACUUCUGUUGGGUAUUUGGGAACCGUACGGAGUUUGCUAAGUCAAGUUGGGUUGAAUACAGCGUCGGCUCAGGAAAUGAGACACGCCGAAACAGGGCAAUUAAUCGGCAGGGAAACUUGGUCGUCCGCAGUGACUUCAACGUCAAAGAGUACCAGCAACUGGUGGGGCGGGUUUUGGGGCAGCGAAGAUAAGUCUCAAAGUUGGUUUUCAAAUUUGUCUUGGAGUAAAGAGAAGACGGGAACCAGCCCUCAACACAGCAGCAAGCAUUAUAUUCAGUCGGAGAUGGGCACAAAGACUGCUGUUGCCAAGCCAACGGAGCUGUUUGCCCAGUGGCAUAAUGUUGAAUCAAUACACGGCGAAAGCGCUGGACCUCCGCGCCACAAAGAGGAACUUCCGUACAAUGGCAACCUUCAAACAACCCGUCCUGAAUCGCUCCAGAGCUCACAAGGUCUCCCAUUAGAACACUGGCCAGCUACCGCCAUCAGUAGCCACCUUGUUAGCGCCGGUGCUGCCACUGCCUGCAGUGAGGUGGCAGUUCUGACCCCUGACCAAGAUAAUGGCUAUUCUAGUCUGGAAGAAGAGCACACAACCAGUCGACUUUACAUGGCAAAGAUGAAUGGAGACAGUAUUAGCUCUGCUACGAUGAGUGCAGGUGAGAGAGAAAGGGAGGAGCAGGGAGAAACUGCAGCAUCUGGUGACAUGGACGGAGGAGAAGAGGAGCAGGAGAGGGUGAACUCCGACCUCUCUGAAUCAGAAAAUGAGGAGGAACCUCUGUACCCAGCAGGCCCCCAUGCCUGUCCCCUCUCAACCCCCACCUGCCAGAACAGGGCCAUUGCCUACAUUAUGGGCAGCACCUGUAGCGACGACAGCCAAUCAGAUGACUCUCUCAGCGAAGAUGAAGAGGACGACGAUGGUUUUGACAGCGAGGGCUGUUCUGACUCAUCGGACUCAGAGGGACUAGACAACAAAGAUGACGAUCAAGACAAUGAAUCUGACUCGGAGCAGGCGGAAGCCGAGCGCCUGUGGAACUCGCUGUGCCAAAACAAAGACCCCUACAACCUCCACAACUUCACAGCCACCAUCAGAACUACCGCUGCCAGCCCACCUAGGACGGUCCCCCCCUCGACCUCCAGCAGCGCUACCUGCUUGGCUCAUGCCUCAUCCCUCAACCAGCCCCUCUCCCCCUCGCCCCUGUCCUCCUCCUUCUCCCCCCCAUCCCCAGCACCUCUGGAGUCCUGGGAUGAGUCCAGUGCCAGCGAGAUGGACGAUGCCGAGAGUCUUCAUCUGUGGAACUCCUUCACCGCCUCCUCGGACCCCUACAGCCCCCUGAACUUCCAGGCCCCCCUCAGGACUCAAGUGCCUCGCCAGGGGGAAGGGGGCCAGGGCAGGAAGGCCCGGGUGGGUCACCGUCAUGGCCCUUCUUCAUCGCCUCAGGACAAGACUAGCGAGGCUGAGGAGAGACUGGACAGCGGCUUCUCUGAGACCCUGGACAACACACUCCCAGCCACCACCAUCACCAGCCCCUGCUGUGUGGCUAUGAAGAAGGUACGUUUCUGCGAGGAGGUGGAGGAGUUCUACAGCGGCCCGGAGGACCGGCGUGGCCCCUGGGAGGAGCUGGCCCGUGACCGUUGCCGCUUUCUGCGACGCAUACAAGAAGUGGAGGAGGCCAUAGGUCACGUGUUGGUGCCCGCCUCCCGCUUGCUGGCCUAUCAGAGACUGGGCCAGCAGCAGUGUGAGCACAGCUGAGGAGCAGGAGGAACCAGACCGCUUCACUUCUGACUUGAGCUCAGAGGAGGAGCUGGGCUACAUCUCCAUUCGGCCCUCAGGACCCUCCUGGUUGGGUCACAGCAGACAGCAUCGAUACUACAGAGAGGAGAUUCCCUCCCCCCCUUUGUGUUCGUGAGAUGAAAGACUUCAGUGUUCAUCCAGACUCAUACAAAACCCAUGUUCUCCACCUUGUUUUGCUGUUGUGUGUUUGAACCUAACCUAAAUAACAUGAGCCAGUCUAAUCAUUAAAUCAAACAGGAAUGUUCCUCUGAAGAGACAUAGUCAUAGAGAGGUACCCUAUGGGCUCCAUGGUCUGAUUUGUUCAGGAAGAACUGGCUACACAGUUUUAUGUUUAAAUGUUUUCAUUUCCCCAAUGUCUGCUCCUUUUAAUUUAGCGCUGCUGGUGAUUCCUCCCUCACACCCAUACAUUGUCUCACACACACUCGGCAAGCAGCUGAGCUACAAGAGCAUCUGCAUACCAUCUGAUGUUCGCUCACAGGCAGUUUCAGUUUCAUAACACAUUCUUGCCCCUUCCCUUCUCAUGGUAAUGUUCCAACAGGACCAGACUCCAGGAAACCCUCACCAGCAAAAUACUGACAAACUACCUUCUCCUGUAUUCGAUUAGUUUUUUGUUAUUUUUAAUCGCAGAAACAAACGUUUGGAAAGGCAUUUAGUCGUUAAAUGCUUGUGGUUUACCCAGAAACCUCGUCCAGUCUAAAAAGAGUCGUCACUCAUUUCCUUUGUAUAACAAGGGUUCAGCCCAUUGAACCGGGUCUUCUGCCAACUCCUGUUUGCUAACACCAAAGAUAAGCCAGCUGUGGUCCUGGACUAUCUAGUCCAGUUCUGCAGCAGUAUUAGAAAUAGGAGCACCACCCUCCCACAAAGUGUGGGUCAGCAGUAUAAACACAUCUAACCAGUCUCCCACAACACACCUUACCAGUCUACCACCACACACCUUACCAGUCUGUUCCCCUUCUAUAUUUCAAGCUGUCCAGGUAUUUUUAACCGACGCAACCAAGCUCCUCCCUCACCAGUGCUAUUUCUGGUCUGAAGCAAAGGAUUAUGGGUAUUGGUUUUGAUUAAGUGUGUGUUACUCUAACAUUCGACACCUGGUCCCCUCUAGACGUUUUGUCACCUGGUCCCUUCUAGACGCUCUAUCACCCGGCCAUCCAGGGAAGCAGACGGGGAAGGCCCUUCUGGCCCUUACCGCAGAGUUCUGGGGGUAGGAAUUUUGUUCCAAGUGUCUAUGCUUUGUGUAAUAGUGACCUUUCACCUUACCGCUUUUGACAAGGGCAACCGUCUCAUUGCAGAUUAAACACAUCUGUUUGAGCUCCCCACCGGCAGCACAAAUGCAUACUUGUCAGUCCACUCGGUCUGAAAUUUGCGAUUUUCGGAAUAAACUUUUAGCUUUUGGUCGGGAUUUUCGCUAAGGAAGAAACGGGCACCGUUAGCAAAUCGUUAGCCUGCGUUGUUGCGGAUGACACACACAACCUGCGUGGCCCACAGUUAUUACAGCUCCUGAUUGGACCUUUUGGAUUGGACACGGAAGAUAGAAAAAUAGUAGGAAAAAUAUAUAGGCUAUAGCGCAAAUUCACACACCAAUGAAAAAUCGCUUGGAUCAUGACUAAAUUAGAAAGUUGAUUUUGUUUUAAGUCCAAAUUGUAUUGUGUCUGGGUCCGGAUCCGGACUGGAGUCCGCCUAUUGAGUACCUCCGCCCUAGACCCUUCUUCCACAUUAACCCCUACUACAGACUAGUAGUGGCCAUGGAGUUACCAUAUCGAGGUGGCUUAAAAGAGGGAUGCAUGUGACUGAGGCGCUAAGAUGUGCUCAGAUUGUUAAACAACAUCCACAUAUAUAUAAAUAUUGUUUUGUGUUAUUUUAAUCAGUGCAAUUAACAACAAAAUUGUUUUAUUUUUGUAAAAACAUUUUAAAUUGGGUUAGUUGUCCUGUUUGAUAGCUGCGCCUCACAAAAUGGAAUAAGUAUUCUGUGGAAUUAAAUCACUAUUGGGAAAUGACUCGUUUCUGUCUUCUUUUGAGGAUUUGAACAUCUGAAUAUCUUCAAAUGAAUACCGAAAUACAUAUUAUAUAGUUACUAUAUACUAUAAAGACACGUAUUGGGACACGUAGACAUUACACCUCAAGGACAUUUUAUGACAUCCCAUUCUAGAUCCAUAGGCAUUGGCAAUAAUAUGGAGUUUCCCCCCAUGUGGCUAUAACAGCUGCCUCUCCAGGAAAGGCUGUGUACAAUAUUUUGGUGUGUGUGUGGGGAAUUUCCCAUUCAGUCACAAGAGCAUUAAGGAGUUUGUGCACUGCUGUUGGGUGAUUACACCUGGCUUGCAGAUGGCGUUACAAUUCAUCCUAAAUGUGUUUGAUGGUGUUUAGGUCAGGGGUCUGUGCAGACCAAUAAAGUUUUUCCACACCAAAGUCAACUAAACAUUACU